AUUCAGUGGGGACGAAAUCUAUGAGGUUUAUUUGUGAAUGCAAUUAGCAAAAUAAGCAGGUUCCCAAAGCACAUAUUUAGGAACCAUUAUACACAUUUCAGACGCGGACGGUCUAGGACAAUUGGUCUGAUAGUUUGAACUACCAAAGUUCGAUAUCCAUAGAUGACAAUUUUUCAUUGACAAACGAGUUGACAUACAAUUUCUCUAUCAUAAUAACUACAGCACUUUUCAAAGUUGUUUAUUGACAUUGAAUGUUGUUGGAGUGCAUCAAGUAGAUAUCGCAAACAGUUGAGCGCGUAAAGGUGAAGGCAUGGCCAUAGUGAAACUGGUUAAGAAUAAGGCUUAUUUUAAACGCUUCCAAGUCAAAUUCAAAAGGCGAAGAGAGGGAAAAACUGACUACUAUGCUCGCAAACGGCUAAUUUGGCAGGAUAAAAACAAAUACAAUACACCUAAAUACCGUCUGGUGGUCCGUUUUACUAAUAAGGACAUAAUCUGUCAGAUUAUUUAUGCACGCAUUGAUGGAGACCGAAUAUUGUGCUCCGCCUAUUCUCACGAAUUACCUCGAUAUGGCGUUAAGGUGGGACUGACUAAUUAUUCCGCCGCCUACUGUACAGGUCUUCUUUGUGCCAGGCGCGUAUUGAAGCAACUAGGCCUGGAUGGUCUUUAUGCUGGAGCUGAGAAAGUUGAUGGGCAAGAAUAUCAUGUGGAAUCUGUUGACGGGGAAAAGUCUGCUUUCAGGUGUCAUCUUGACAUUGGUCUUGCAAGGACUACAUCCGGUGCCAAUAUCUUCGGGGCUCUUAAAGGUGCCGUUGAUGGUGGUCUAGACAUACCUUACUCACCCAGUAGAUUCCCGGGUUACAACCAGGCGUCUAAAGAGUACAAUGCCGAGGUUCACCGAGCCCGUAUACUAGGUCAUCAUGUAGCUGAAUAUAUGAAACUACUUCAAGAGGAAAGCGAAACUGAUUAUCAGCGUCAGUUCAGUGGAUAUAUAAGACAUGGGAUCACAGCUGAUAAAAUUGAGGCAAUGUACCUUUCAGCUCAUGCAGCAAUUCGAGCAGACCCCUCACAUAUUACUAAGGAGCAGAAGGAGGUUCAACCGAAGAGAUUCAAUCGCAGAAAGUUGUCUUCCAAACAAAGAAAGGAACGUGUCCAACAAAAGAAGACACACUAUCUCUCUCAACUCAAAAAAGAAAUAGCCGCUGCUGAAUAGUUGUCUGUUAUAAUAAAAUGUUGGUCCAGUAUUUUGUAGUUUAGUCAAUUCAGCUAUUUAGUCUAGUCUUUGUCAGGUUUACCUUAUAUUCCAUCUAGGUUAUUUUCUCGUGGCCACCUAGAGGUGAUCUUUUGGUCAUUAGAGUUGACCGAUUAAGGCUUGAUAUUCCGAGUUGUUUAGUUAGAAAUCUUUUGUUACUCGUUUGUAUAUUGCUCUUGUUAAAACGUCAUCGCGAUAUGUUGCACAAUUUUUUUCCUCAUAAUUAUUUUUCAUUAACUACUCCGAGUUCUCCAUUUGUGAAUACACUGGGUGUAAAAUCUCGUCAUUGAUAAUUUAGGACAUUGCUGCAAUAAAUAUAAACGACACUGGUGCAAACAAAGUGACUCAGUGCUAGUCACCGUAGCUCACAUGCUUUUAGUCUUUGUCUUCAAGAUCUUGACUUCCUAUAUUCUGGUUAUAUAACAUCAGGGUCAUUUUCAAACCCUACUCACUUGUUUGGCACCAUUCACUAGCACUACUAUUGUAAAUCGUCAAGUUUAUAGCAAAUGAUAACGGUAAGAACCAUAUCUACUCUGAGGAUUGUUGCCCACUAAAAAUGAGUUGAUUAACAUUUGUCUUUCAAACAGAUCCAAUAAUCGCUCAACUUGAUAAGGUAUACCUGUUAUUCCUUUGUUUAAUCUGGAUUUUGUCGAAAUCUGUAUGCUGCUAAAGAAUUUGUAUUAAUACUGUACGUUUGCUUUAUGUAGUUGAAUAAGCUUGUUAGCAAUGUUACAUAAUUUACCACAAACUAUUUGUAACUUUUUGGCCGCCAAACGGAAAAUUAACUGUAAAAAGUAAUUAUAAAAGAGGAAGAAAAGUUGCUGAUAAUGUUAAAUAACUUAUUUUAUAUAGUCUAGCUGAAACGCCAGCCAUAAAACCGUAAAAAUAUACGCUUCUAACUAAUUAUUCACCACUCAGUUUUACGUCCUUUUCCAUAUUUAAACUAUACAAAAAGUCUAAUAAAUUAAGUUGGACCUUACUUUAAGUCAAGUAAUUUUCUUACACGAAAUCAGUUGGAGGUAGCAGGACGCUUUGUGAAAUUUUGGCGUUUCGAAACCUCCCCGUCGAGUUUAGACCUUGCGAUUAGUUGUCAGCAUCUUCCAUGUAUGAACUGUCUUUUUGAUAGGUCUCGUAUUAUUUGCCCCAGUUAGUGCACUUGCAAGCUAAUCGGGGCAUGCGUACUUGGCUUUUGACUCAUUGUUGGGGACUAUGAAUCUACUUUUAGUGUCCCUAUUCAUCUAAAAUAACUCACUCGUCAGGCAAACUAGUCUUACAGUCACGACGAUAAUUGACAUGUUGAGUGCUUCCACCAAAUGCCGUUUGCAGUUCCCGACUCAACCGUUAUCUGGAAGCUAGUAAAAAAAAGUACAUAAUUUUCGAACAAAGCAUCAUUUCAUGGCCUGCGAAAGCCAGAAUCUACAAUAGGGAACUUAGCCAUUCAUAACGUAAGAAAGUAAUCUUGUACAGUUAUGUAGUAUUAUCGGGACGGUCCGGAAUACUUCAUUUUGCUGGGAUCCCUCGUGAAUAUGGUCUCUCCUUGUCUCGCUGUUUUGUUAUGUGUUGAAUUUGGCGGUUUAUUGCUAUCCCAUCUGGCUGGUAAAAUGGUUUUGGAUUUUCUAGUUUGAAGCUUGGUAUGGCACGUCACGGUUUUUACUUUCGGCCUCUGAACUCGGACGAUUUACUACUGCGCUAGGUGACUUGGUGAUUAUUAUUAUAGUAGAAAAGAUAUUAAGCUAUUGGUACCUACUGCUUUAGCAUUGUGCGUUUUUGCGACGUUGAAUAAAUUUUUCACUCGGUGAAAUAAAGUUCUUAUAACCAUUGUUGCCUAACUUCAUGUAGAAUGAUUCAAGAAUCAGCAAUUUCGAACUCUUUAGGUCAUUGUUUUAAUUACGAAAGUUCCCCUCUAAAAUGGAUAUGCCUGUGCAGUUGCUUCCGUUUGACGUUUAUUCGGUUAAGUCCUCGUUACUAUUCAUUUCUCAUAUGGAUUAGAGUGAAGAUGCCACAAGUAUUCAGUGUUUGACAACGCUUUUACCAGUAACACCUAAUAUGAAGCGUACCCACUAAAAGAAAUCGAAAGACAAAAUCGAGGAGAUUGGAAGAUAUAUUUGAUGACUAUCAAUCUAUCGAGAAUCGUCUGAUCUAAUCUGGCUAGCGAUUGAAGUAGACGUUGAGCACGGCGUUCCCACUCGUGAUCUGGUGCGGAUGCAUGACCGAGCGCCUUCAGCUAGGUGAGUCCAUUAAAACUAAUCUGGUCAGCAUCCAAUGUCGAAAAAUUACAGAGCUAUUUAUUUUGGGGAUUUAUUUACCGCUACAGAUCACUCCCCCCUAGUGGGGUAGUGAUGACCCUAAGACGUGGCCAGCCAGAAGUUUAAACCCAACGAGUUUUGUCGUUGGUAAACACUCCUCUGUUAGCUUGCUAAGUUAAGCAGCGUCUGGUCGUCUCUCUUACUCUAAGGGACCAUGAAAUACAAUAUGGUAAGAAAAUUUUGGUUCCUCGUAAACCUCAUCGCUCUUUUUAUCGUCUUUUCCAGCCGUCCUGGAAAAUAAAAAAAGAAUAUGUAAGUGCAUGUCAAAAUAAACCCGUACGCGCUUUAAGACACAAAAUGGGCGAAAAAGUGUAAAUAACGUGAAAGCGAAUUCUACAAAAUGUUUCUUCAAAACAUUUUUUAAUAUACAUAGUAGCCAAAUAAUAAAUGUAAGCAUAUUAAAGAUUUUUUAUAUUAUGUAUAAUGCCAUGGAAAAUCGAGAUGAAACAAAA